UUUGGCGCGCUCCCAUGGCUGGACUUCGGGGUGUCUCGAUUUGAAAUUACAUCGAUCCUUUGUCAGUUCUAGACUUCUCAGUCGCUUAAAUUACAUAAAUAUAUAUCGCAGCGGCCAAUUUUCGCGCACGUAGAAAAUUGUUUGACAUCAAAAUCCAAGAACGUCAUAAGGGGAACAAAAUUAUACGACGAAACAUUAGGAAAUAUUUCUUUGAACAUCAGCGUUUUUAGCAUCACUUCAGCCGGAGUGUCCGAUAAUUCAGAAUUGCUUCGAAGAGAUAAGCUUGGUGUCGAUAAGGCUGUUGUAAAACAAGAUCUUAUUAUAUAUCGCUGUUUAACGACAAUGUUGUUAAAGUUGCGCGUAGUCUUCGGUAUAGCAUAUAUUUUAUAUGCAAUAUUACGUCAGAUUUUGUUAUUUAUUCGCAAGAAACCGGAAAAAAUACCGCCGAUAACAGAUCCUUUAUUUACAUUAAGCGCCACUACGCUUGCUAAAAAAAUUAGACAAAGAGAAAUUACGUGUUACGAUGCGGUGAACGAAUACACACUGCAAAUUAAAGAAGUGAAUCCGUUCUUAAAUGCUGUCGCCGGCAAUCGAUUUGGCGAUGCAAUAUACGAGGCGAAAAUCUGCGACGAGCAAUUAGCAGCCGGCAAAAUUGACAUUGAAAGAUUAGAGAAGGAAAAGCCGUUGUUCGGUGUGCCGAUCACAGUCAAGGAAUGUUGCGCUGUUAAAGGUUGCAGUCAUUCAGGCUGUUCUUUACCUCUCGCAAAGAGAAAAGCAGCCUGCGAUGCAGAAGUCAUCAAGCUGCUCCGAAACGCUGGAGCGAUCCCAGUUUGCGUUACAAACACUCCGGAGAUGUGCGCCGGCUUUGAGAGCUCGAAUUUUCUGUACGGUCGUACUCGUAAUCCUUACGACACUAGAUACACACCUGGUGGAUCGUCUGGCGGAGAGGGUGCGUUGCUCGGGUCAGGCGCUUCCGUGAUCGGAAUCGGUUCGGAUUUAGCUGGCUCUAUAAGAAUACCGGCUCUUUUCAACGGCGUUUUUGGACACAAACCUACAGCAGAAAUCGUUUCGACGAUAGGACACCUGCCGCUUUCCGAGGAUAAAGUUUUUCAAAAACUCCUGACCUUCGGGCCGAUGACCAGAUACGCGGAGGAUCUCGGGCUGCUUAUGAGAGUGCUGACGUCCAAGUGCGAUCGUAAUUUGCGUCUAAAUGUACCAGUGGAUCUGCGACAAUUAAAGGUUUACUAUCGAUUAGGCUUGGAUGAGGCAUUCGGUACUUUGUCGGUGGUGCCAGAAAUUAAGGAGUGCAUUCAUAGAGCGGCGAUGCACUUUACGCAAUACGAUAUUCGCCCGGAGAAGUUGCCAAUAGAAUGGCCGACUGAAUUAGUCGAGAUUGUGCUGACCGGACUUUUGAAUGUGAAAGACAUACCUAACUUAUUGAUAGAUGCCAAGGAUCCCAAGCUGAAAAAAAAUGCAUUUAUCGAAUUCGCAAAAUCUGUGUUCGGCUUGUCGCAAUACACGAAGCAGACAACUCUCUUCACCACGAUUUUUGAGACCCGUAUUCCAUUCUCGGAAUCGGAUGUGGAGUAUUACACGAAGCAAGGAACAGCGAUUCGGCAAAAACUGCUGGAUCUGUUGGGAGAGAACGGAAUAUUUAUUUACCCGACCUUCCGGUCCACGGCGGUCCUUCCUGAAUUGAUCACAUUUGAAACCCUGAGUACUUCCUACUCCGGUAUUUUCAAUACUUUUGGUUUUCCCGCGGUGCACAUACCGAUGGGACUUAACCACAAGGGGUUGCCUAUCGGUGUUCAGGUGAUAGCUGCGCCUUAUCAGGAUCGCCUCUGUCUGGCGGUAGCGAAAGAGCUGGAGACUGCUUUCGGUGGUUGGGUGCCACCAUCGAUAUCGAUAAAGAACAAAUAAAUUAUCAUUACAAAUUGUUAAUUUUUUAAAUAACAGCUAGUGUUACAUAUUUUUGUUAUAUGAAAAAAUGGCACGCGAAUAAUAGAAUUCGCGAUGAACUGUUAAAUUUCUAUAAUUUUAUACGUACAGUCAUUUUCACAGAAAAUCUGCCAUUGUGUAUUAUUGAUGUAUUAUUUCUUGUUAAAAAUUUCUUAAUAUAUCUGUAUAUUUUUUAAUACUAUUGUAUAUGUUACAAAUAAUUUUUUUAAUAACAGAUGGUGUUACAUAUUUUUGUCAUAUGGAAAAAUGGCGCGCAAGUAAUAAAGUUUAUGAUGUACUAUUAAA